CGAGAGCAGGGGCCACAGAGCAGCCAGAGAGAUUCUAGGAGUGUGUGGACCCCCAGGACCUGGCUGAGCCCCCCUGCCUGCAGCUCAUCUCAGCACUAUCCCUGGAUCCGCAGAGCAUCUCAGCAGCCCAGCUCUGGGGGUCACUCUGUGUAUUGGGGUCCCAGCCUGGACCUAGUGAGAACCACCAACCUCUGGACCUACCUUGGGCUUUCAUCCAGCAGAUCUGGACCCUGUGGAUCUGGGACAACUGUGCUACCCUUGGAAGGUAUACUCCUGCAUGUACCCUGCCCACCUGGACCUUCUAGCCCUGCAUGUACCCUGCCCACCUGGACCUUCUAGACCUGCAACUGGACCAACUAGACCUGCAGGUACCCUGUCCACCUGGACCUCUUAGACCUGCAGGUACCUGCAAAGCCAUGAGCCAGACAGAGAUGUCCACCUGUUCCAUCCCUCAUACACAAAGGGUAUUCCAGGAGGCUGUAAGGAAAGGGAACACCAAGGAGCUCCAGUCCCUUCUACAGAACAUGACCAACUGUGAGUUUAAUGUCAACUCCUUUGGACCUGAGGGUCAGACUGCCCUCCACCAGUCUGUCAUUGAUGGGAACCUGGAGCUGGUGAAACUUCUGGUCAAGUUUGGCGCAGACAUCAGGUUGGCCAACAGGGAUGGAUGGAGUGCCCUACACAUAGCGGCCUAUGGAGGCCACCAAGACAUUGUCCUCUACCUUAUCACCAAGGCCAAAUACUCCUCCAGCAGUCGGUAAUUCCAUCAGAAACUCAUCCCAGGACAGACAUUCCAAUGCUUCCUAAUUUAGGGGGUUUUAAUUCCUUGUCUUGAUCUUACCAAGCAAAGUCCAUGAUGUCUUGGUGGAGAUUGAGUUCUCUCACCCCUUCCCAAUUCUUGAUCCAUUUCAUGGGAUCCUCUGUUUAAUGCUGGUUACUAAUCCACGUGACCUUUUUUUAUAUAUAGAUUUUUAUUUUGUUUUUUGUACUUUGAACAGAUCUUAGAUUUUUUUUAUCGAUGGUCUUCUCACUUGAAUAAGUCAUUUGUGUGUGUUUCUUGUAUAAGGUACAACAGAGAGAUUGUAUGAAACUACUCCUGCCUGUUAAUUUUUUAUUUUUUUUCUCUCUCUGAUAUGAUGAAGCUGCUUUUGGUCGCCACAUUUAUAGGAAGAUUGGUGGCCUACAAAGAUAUGCGUGUGUAUAUAUGUGGGUUUGGUUUUAAAAAAAAAAAAAAUAAGAAUUUCCCCCCUUUUUAUUUUGGUCAUCUACCUCAGCUUUAGCACAGUAUUCACCUACAGGGCCAGACACUAUAUUGCACUUCAUCCAAUAUAUUCCAAAUUGGUUUAUUCCCAAUUCAUUUUACUGACCAGAUUAUAAUCCAUCAUAUUAUGUCUCCACAAUUCACAAAUCAAUCUUCAUACUUUUACGCAAUGACGAUUCUAAACAUUUCAAAGAACAAAUUGGGAAUUGUGGAUUAAACCAAUGUUUGAACUCUACUCAAGAGCCCAAAGGUGUUCUCGCCAUCACCCCUUUAUUUGGGAGACCCUGUCCAUAGUAUCCACCACACACACACACUUCCUCUCCAAUUUUUUUCUUUUUACAGGUUUAUAACUAAAUCUGCUACUUUAAUUAAUUCUGUACAGAUUUAGAGGAGUCAAAUUAAUUAUUUUACAACAUGGGGUUCUUAGACAUAUAUUCCAUAUAUGGGUGUGUGUGUGUGUGUGUGUGUAUACACAUACAUAUACACACACACAUAUAUACUGCAUACACACAUAUACAGGUCUAUGAGGGAUUCUGUUUUGUACAGAUUUGAAGAAUAAAAAAAGGAUCAAGGGCACCACCUACUGUCUAAAAAGUAAAGUUGCAGGGAUUGUUAUGCGACCUGUUGAAGUUAGUUGACUUGAUAUUGGGCUGCAGAAUUCUCACUAGUUUUUAGUAGCAGAUGACCAGUGGCUGGGUGGCUUGCUGGUUUCAAUGGUGACUGCUUGGAUAACUAACAUGCCAUGCUGCUUUUAAAGUUCCCAGGGUCAGUGUGGAGGCAGAGGAAGUGUGAGCUGUGAGUCUUGUGUCUGUCUGCAAGGGAUGGCUGGUAGUUCUGUGAGUUUGUUUUUUGUGCUGUUUUGUAGAGAAAAAUAAAUCAUGGAGCAGAAAGCACUCUAAUUGGUAUGUUAGUGGUGGGUUUAACCCCUUCAGGAGCAGCGUCUUGUCCUGGAAGGGUUAAACUGUUGUAAAGCCUGUAUAGAUUUUGGGGAGGCAGUGGUGUGAGACCGAAAGUUGCACAUGUGUCUGAUUCACAAAGGGUUAAUGUGAUGAAGGGACUUUUUCCAAAAUGCUGGAGGACUCAUUACAGUCCAUACAACAUAGUAACGUAAAAUGUAUAUGGAACUUUAUUAAACAUUAUGUUUCAGCUUGUCUCCCAGGUGGGGAAGGAUCUGUGUUUCCGAUAUGUCAACAAUUGUCGAAAACAUGGAUACCAGAACCUGUCCCUGUAUUUGUGAUCUGAUGAAUGUAGUCAUUUUGUGACCAUUCCUGUUUUAAUGUGUCUUGGGUUCGGUUGUUUUUUAGAUCACUGAAACUUUGCUACUGGUUGAUUUCUCACUUUAAAUGAGAAAACAAGUACACUUUUAUUUUUUUUUUAAUUUUCAUUUUUUUCACCAAAAACAAAAACAAAACAUGAUUAAAAAAUAAACAUUUUGUAAUUAAUUUGGCAUUUUUUUUCCUGUUCUCUACCCCCACCUCUUUUUUUCCACUAUGGUAUUUUACCUACUGGCCUGUUAAAAUUCUCACGUAAUGUCAUUAAUAUGACCCCUUUGGUUACAGAAAAUUCCAUUGGAAUUGUGUGUGUGUGUGUGUGUGUAUCUAUCUGGAUAUAAGUGUAUUUAUAUACUGUGUGUGAUGCAUUGGUUAUAUUGUGGAUCCACAUAUACUAUUGGUCAGAGAUUUUUAUCAAGUGUUGAGCCCAUCACAAUGCGACCCCAAGUGUCACACAGUCGGUCCGUAUUGGCUGUUAGCAGUUUGUACAAUGUACACAAGCUUGGUGUUUAAACAUAUUUCAAAUGGUUUCUGUUGGUAUUUUUUUCCCCGCUCUACAUUGUCUCCUCAACUUGUCUGUGCGAACAGACUGGUGGAUUAAGUAGCAGCCAACACCAAUUUUUUUACUUUAUUUUUUUUUAAUAGCCCCUCCCCGUGCGCUAGUUUUGAUUGGUGGUCUUCAGUAGGAAAUGGAAAUAAAUGUGUUUGGAGGGAAGGGUGGAGAAUGAAUUGAGUGUAAAAAGCAAAAAAAAAAAAGCAAAACAAUUUCAGUUUUGUUGCACAAUUUUAUUUUUAAUUAUUAAUUUUUCUUGUUUGCAAAUAAAUAAAACUGCCAUAAAAUGUCAUAAUAUUUAUGAUAUGAGUAUCCUGAAUCUUCAUCCCAAGGUUAAUCCUCCUUCUUUGUUUGCCACCCUAUCUAUAAUCCCAGGUUUAAAAAAGACAUACACAGUUUCCCCUUUGAAACAAAAAAAUCUAAUUCAAAAUGUGAUUUCUCCCCCACCCAUGAAAUGCCGUUUUCCUUUCCCGAGCUGUAUGGGAUUAAGAUAUUUGAGGCUACCAUAUGGUCCUCUUAAUACAGUUCGUGCCCCUCCCACUCUCCACUUUGGGUGACCCUACAUGCCAUCACUACGUCUGCUCUCGAAUGCAGGCAGCAGGUGCACACAGACGGCCUUAUGAAUGCAAUUUCCACAUUUUUAUUCCAUUUUAUUUUAUUUUUCCUAAUUUUGUUUCCCCCCCUCCUUUUGAAUCCUUGGGAUGACAGGACUACGUGGCUGUAAUUUGCUCCAGAAAGGAGUCAUCUGUGAUCAGUUAUAUCCUAGAUGCGGAGACAUUUUUUUUAAUUAUGUUAAUUAAAGUUAUAGGCUUAUAUUGAAGCUGUGUGUGAGAUCGCCAUGUUGUAACUGGAUGAAAUCUGUAAAAUACGGCAUAUUUUGGACUGUAUUAUAUCACCUGUAGCCCCAUAAAUGAUUUUUUUUUUAUAUAUAAAAAGAAAGUAAAAAAAA